AUGGGCGGUCGACGACGAUCGGUCGGCGCGCUCGCGUCCAUCGCCCUUGUGUGGGCGUGCGCGUGCGCGAUCGCGACGAACGCGAGCACGAUCAUCGAGAACGCGGUGGCUGUGAAGCUUGAAAACGUGCGAUCGCUCGACGACGGCGCGCGCGUGACGCUGCGAGCGAUGACGAAUGGGACGACGUACGAGAUUGCGUUACAUCGCGACUCGGACAUCGCGGUGGACGCGAGCGUGGGGGCGUGGGACAGCGGGAAGGGAGACGUGGCGCGGGACGCGGUUGACGCGCAGGGCCUGGAGUCUUUGCGAAGAUGCUCGUACGAGGGUGAAGCCACGGACUCGAGCGGGAAGACGCUUCGGGCGUUCGGGACGGUGUGCCACGGUCGUCUGCGCGUGGUUAUUCAGCCCCACGUCGGGAACGAUCUUCUGACGAUCACGGGGGACCUGCUUGGCGAGCGCUCGGAAGCCGUUCGAGCGCAGACGCAAGGGCGCAUGCUCGGGGUGGAAGAGAUCGACGUCGCCGCGGUGACGAUCGGUGAGUCUUGGCAUCUCUCCGAUGAGCUGGCGCAGUUCGCGAACAACGUGACGGACGGUUUUGUGAUAUCUCCGGACCAGCCCAUUGCCUACGUGGACGACGCCGGCGCCGUGAACGCGAGUUCUGGCGCGCACUCCAGGAAGCUUUUGCAGUCCUCCGCCGCGUACGUCGAUUUCGUGUUCUGGGGUUCAACGGAAUCCAUGAACGUGUUCGGUUACGAUAUCAACGCAUAUAUGGAGGAGAGUCUCUUGCAACUCAAAGUGAUACAAAGCGCAUACAGCAAGACCAGUGGCAUGAAUCCACCGUUGAAGUUUGCGAUUAAACAGUUUUUGUACACGGCUAAAGGCUCGAGCGAUCCUUGGGGCGUGUAUGCGGGCACAGAUUUGGGAAAUAUGUUAAACGCCGCACAAGCGUGGAGCGAACGGCGACCUGCUGUGCUGAACUUUGAUUGGGACUCUGUCAUCAUCACGGCGAAGCGCAAUCCGCAGUUUUCUGGCGCCAUUGGCAUGGCAGGCGUCGGAACUGUAUGCACUCUUCGGAGCGUAAGCACGAACGCUGUCACGAAGGGCGCGUACUUGUAUGCAGGCAGCACUAUCGCUCACGAGUUUGGCCACACUCUUGGAUUCAUGCACGAUGGGGAUGCAGGUACGGGCACUGGGGCGUGCACUGGAAACAACUACGUCAUGGCACCCAGUGAAAACGGGGCCCCAAAUUUUUCACCCUGUUCGGUCGAACAGUACAACUCCGGUACGUUUCGAUGGGGUGGCCUCGUUUAUACUGUCGAUAAAUCCUGCUUGACUACGACCACGGCGACGUUCUGUGGAAACGGCGUCCGUGAGGAGGGUGAAGAGUGCGACUGCUACGGUAACGACUGCACCAGUGUUGAUCCCGCGUGUGACGGGUUGACCUGUAAGCGUAAGUCUGGUGCGGUUUGCUCGGUGCUACACGACAAGUGCUGCAAUAUUAACGGAACCGCAGCUGCCGCAUCUGGGACGGUAUGCCGUGCUGCCGCUGACGCAAGCUUGAAAAUUCCAUGUGACACUGCGGAAGUUUGCGAUGGGAGUAGUUUUGCGUGUCCAGCAGAUAGCGCAGCGCCGAAUGGCAAGAAGUGCGAAGAUGCUCAGGGCGACGUUGGCGCCUGUUUUGAUGGCGUGUGCGAGAAUCGAGCAAAGUCUUGCGAAGAUGUAGGGUAUUUCGGCGGCAAGUGGUGCAGCGCAGCGUGCGCGAGCUCCGUGUCCGGCUACACCGCUGCGCCCUUUCAUAUAUUCGACGCAUUCACGUGUAGCGAAAGCCUAUGGUGCGGUACGGCGGAGAACUCGUGCUACGUCGGUCUCUAUUUGUGGAAUACUCUUAACAGCAGGAGAGACGGCUUUCCUUGUUCGAAUGCGAACUCGGAUGGUACUUUCCCAAAAGUGUGCUACAACGGCGCGUGCACGCUGCUUAGUAGCGUACCCAGCUCAGAGUUACCGACGGCGCCACCGGUCUCGUCCCCGCCGCCGUCGCCGUCGCCACCACCUUCACCACCGCCGUCGCCGCCUCCGCCGUCGCCACCACCUUCACCACCGCCGUCGCCGCCUCCGCCGUCACCUCCGUCACCGCCACCACCGUCACCGUCGCCGCCGCCGUCGCCACCACCGCCACCAUCGCCGCCGCCAGGCAGCGCGGCGCGGCCGCCGUCGCCGCCGCCGCCGUCGCCGCCGCCGCCGUCGCCACCGCCACCGUCGCCACCGCCGCCACCGUCGCCACCGCCGUCGCCACCACCGCCUCCGUCACCACCACCGCCGUCGCCGCCGCCGCCGCCGGUGGUAGUCGUGCCGUCAUCGCCUCCGCCGGUUCUGGUAAACGAUAUGUACCCCCCACCGCCCGUGAUGUCCGCUGGUGAUAAUGUUGCAACCGCGGGAGAGGUUGAAUACGUGCGAACGAGCUGUAAGUUGACUGGUUACAGCAGGUCCGAUUUCCCUGCUCAACUUCCCGCGUUCAAGCGAGGCUUGGUGAAUUAUUUGGGUCUCACCGCUGGGAUCGACGGCGUGACGUUUCUUGACGCCACCGAUACUCGACGACGUAAGUUACUCAACGCGGCCACCGUGCGUGUCAAGCUGUUGCUGACUCAGUCGGACUCGUCGUCCGCCAUCAUCAGCGCUUUAAACACGAGCUCCCCCACGACGGCGGACGCGAUGCGGGCAAGCUUGAAUGCGACGAUGCCGAAUUUAUCCGAAGUUUCCGUCACGGAGGCAACGGUGAUCGUCGCCGCCGUCGAUGAAACGUAUAAACCAUCCAAAGAAGAGGACGAGGCGAACACGUUUGGCUACUACUUCCUCAUCGCUUUGGUCGUCAUCUUCCUUAUGUCGCCACUGGUGAUGUUUCUCCUCGGGCUUUGGUACGGCCCGUCGAGCAAGUUGGGUCGCGUCGUGCUCGUCUUCAUUGGUGAGGAGAAAUUUGCCACCUUUCAGAAGAUGCUCUGUUUUCAGCGGACUGCGCAACAGGCUCGCGGUCCAAAGGUCAUGCAUAUGAUACCGCGCCGACGUGAGGCGCCGAAGUUCCAUCUUCCUUUCACGAAUGCGCGACCGCCGCCGCCGCCCAAGCGCGGCUUUUUCGGCCGCCAAACGUGA